AUGGCUGGAGGCAAUGGCGGCUUGGGGAUGACCGGCGUGGGCGACGUUCUGGACCUGCCGCCCCUGGAGGACAUCGCGCCGCUGACCUCCCACGAGGAUUACGACGCGGGGCCCUGCCUGGGCCACCUGCGGGUGCCCAGCGGCGUGGACCUGGGGCAGGAGGACGGCAUGCUCGUGAAGUCGCCCUCCUACCCCUGCCUGUGGACCUUCGAUGUGAAAGGGGACCCCUACGCCAGCCACAUCCUGGAGCCGGGCACCGAGGAGCCCGACGAGCUCCGGCUGGCCGACCAGCCCUCCGACGACCUCAGCUUCCAGAGCAUCCCCUCCUCGCCCCGGUUCGGCGGCGGCAGCAGCAUGGACGGCCUGGAGAGCUCGCCAGGCGACACGCCGCGGGCGGACGGCGUGGAGGACGCCCCGCGGGGCGGCCUGUUCCCCGGCGGUCGGCCGGCCCACGGGUCUGGCUCAUCCGCCGAGUUCAUGUGCCUCUUGAACCUGCCGGGUGACCCGAAUGCGCCCGAACAGCCCAAGGCGGAUGGCGCGAUACCCGUGGACGGCGGGGCCCUGGGCGGCCGCCGGCCCCUGGCGGCGGAUGCGGUGCCCAAGUGGGAAGUGGACGCGGACAACGGACGGGCCAUGGGGCCUGUAGAGCUGGCGGGGGGGCUGCGGGGAGAGUACGGGAGGAGGGCGCCGGCGAGGGGCGUCAACAGAGGGCGGUCGCUGGACGGGUGCCAGGAGGUCGACCCGGAGCUGCCGCCGGAAGAGGCCAAGCGCGUCCGCAGGAUGUUGUCGAACCGCGAGUCGGCGCGGCGGUCGCGGCACCGCAAGCAGGCGCACCUGCAGGAUCUGGAGAACCAGGUGUCGCAGCUGGCCACGGAGAAGGAGCAGCUGGAGGAGCAGCUGGACGAGAUGGAGGACAGCAUGCGGCGGGCCAGCGACCAGAACGGAUGCCUGAGGCGGCGCGUCGCGAGCCUCAAGGGCAAGCUGCUCAAAUUCGCGGCCGCCAUGCGCGGGGAGGGGCCCAUGCCAUCGGCGCAGGAUCUUGAGGAGGACGAUGUGUUGGAUUCAUUAGGCAGCCCAACACAGACGGACUAUAAUGGCAGCUACCAGGAUGGCAGCUACCCUGUUGCAGGUAGCAGGCAUGAUGCAACAGGGAUGUUGAAGAUGCGCAGGCACAGGGCAAGGGGCAGCAGGUCAAGCGUGCUGGAGCGAAACUCAAAGAGGAACUGUUUGUAA